ACGUCUUGGCUGACGUCAUACGCAGCGUACGUUUCUUACGCAUUCACGAGCCGGGAAGGUCGCAGUGACCGAAUCCAGUUCCUCGUUAGCGAGAAAGAUGAUGUCCCUUGCAGCCCGUUCGGGGGCUUUCUCCCCUUAUUUACAAGCUACUAAUUUCGCAGUAGCUGGGCCGCUCAAAGCUAUUGUUCCAGGAGUCGUAGUCAAAGGAGAGAAGGUCCUGCUGGACGUGAAGAAACCUUUCCUAUGUCGCGAAUCGUUAGACGGUCAGAGCCCCAAGACGGGACCGGCUGUUUCAGUUAGCAUCAAUGCCCGUGCUGGAAUCCGUUUCGCUCACACCGACAUCAAGUUGCCAGAUUUCUCCGACUACAGACGACCCGAUGUCCUGGACCCGAAGAAGCCUUCCCAGGACAACAGCGAGUCACGGCGAGCCUUCUCCUACCUGGUCACCGGCGCCACCACCGUUGUGGGCGUGUACGCCGCCAAGACGGUGGUGUCGCAGUUUGUCUCGUCGAUGAGCGCGUCGGCCGAUGUCCUGGCCCUGUCCAAGGUGGAGAUCAAGCUGAGCGACGUCCCCGAGGGCAAGAACGUGACCUUCAAGUGGAGAGGCAAGCCGUUGUUCGUCCGCCACCGCACGCAGAAGGAGAUCGAGACGGAGGAGGCGGUCAACCUGGCCGAGCUGCGCGACCCCGAGCACGACAAGGACAGGGUGUUGAACCCCGAGUGGGUCAUCGUCAUCGGCGUCUGCACCCACCUGGGCUGCGUGCCCAUCGCCAACGCCGGCGACUUCGGCGGCUACUACUGCCCCUGCCACGGCUCCCAUUACGACGCCUCGGGCCGCAUCCGCAAGGGCCCCGCCCCCCUCAACCUGGAGGUGCCCUACUACGAGUUCCCAGAUGAGGACACGGUCAUCGUCGGCUAGACGCGAGACUGCCUAUCUGUUAGCGCUUCUGUUCGAUCUGUGUGUCCGACAGGGUUUCUCCGAACGUCGUUGCUCAUACCGUGUGUGCACCUCAGACACAACUUCACACUGGGGAGGGAGAGGGGCGAGACAAUUAAGCCAGUUGUAAGUAAUAAAUGUAAAUUUUACCCGAUCUGAAGCAACUUGUGUGUAGUUAUUUAUUCCGGUUAAAUAAAAUCGCUUACCAUUCCGAGCAUCGCCCACAUGUGUGAUCAAUAUUUCUAUGAUUUAUUGUCAUAAAUUCAUGUAAGUUUUUUCUCGUGGAGCUGCUUUCUCCUUUUGGCACUGCGUACUCAUACACACCAGUGAACACCGUACAAGCGAGUCUGCUUUGGGCUGAAAACAUGGGAUCUAUCUGAAUCAUUUCUGAUGCAAGCCCUGAACAGGGUUGUUUGGUAAUAAAAGUAUUUUUGGGUAUUUGAAAAGCAGUGAAUGGGUUUUUUGUUUGCUAUCAUUUUGAAUUUCAAAGCCAUUACUGUGUUUAAUACUUGGCUGGGUAUUUUAGCAAAGAGAUUGUGGAGGUUUGGUAAGGCACCGAAUGUUUGGUUAUGCAUCUUGAGUAAUUUUGGGAAGGAAAUGAUAUUAUCAUAUUCCUUUGCCACAAAGACUUGGAAAAAGACAAUGGUGGUUUGUGGAGAUGUCGAACGUGAACUCUGUAACACCGCUAAUAAGUAAAUCUUUUCUCUCCUCAUGCGUUGCUCAUGUACAUAGAGUUCUGUAAAUCUAUGUACUCGUACAUGUGUGACAAAUAAAAAUUUGAUAGCUAA